AUUUUCUCACCCUGUACUUAAUGAAUUUGUCAUCUACAUUUGUUUUUGAUGGUCAUUUCAAUUAGAUUUCAAUUUUAAACGCAACAGCACCUAGGUGAUAUUGACAUAAAACUUUGUGAUUCAAAUCUCAUACCAGGAAUCGUUACCACAAAGAUGGCUCUCGUUUCCAACGAUGUGUCGAUCAACAACGAGCCCAAGGAACUGCUAUUCGAUAAACACGUAGAAUAUAUCGCUAAUCACGGGAACGACAAAAAUGACUACGAAUACUGCAUGACGGAGUUUCUUCGGAUGUCAGGAAUCUACUGGGGUGUAACCGGGCUAGAUUUAAUGUACAAACUCGACCGACUCGAUAAGCAAGAGAUCAUCGAAUUCGUGAAAAAUUGCCAAUGUCCGGUAAGCGGAGGAAUAUCGGCAUGUGAGGGUCAUGAUCCUCACAUUUUGUACACACUGAGUGCAGUGCAAAUUUUGUGCAUUUACGACGGUUUGGAUGAGAUUGAUACGGAAGCCGUAGCUCGGUAUGUCAGUUCAUUGCAACAACUCAACGGCAGCUUCUUUGGCGAUAAAUGGGGCGAAGAGGAUACGAGGUUUUCCUUUUGUGCAGUUGCAAUUCUCAGUUUGAUCAACAAAAUGAACGUGAUUGACCUGGAGAAGGCGGUCAACUAUGUCAUGUCGUGCUGUAAUUCCGAUGGUGGCUUCGGAUCGAAGCCCAAUGCCGAGAGCCAUGCCGGUCUUAUUUACUGCUGUGUGGGAUUCCUAUCGAUAACUGAUCAUCUGCAUAAGUUGGACUGCGAGAAGCUUGCUUGGUGGCUGUGCGAGCGACAGUUACCUAGCGGUGGGCUCAAUGGGAGACCCGAAAAAUUGCCGGACGUCUGCUAUUCUUGGUGGGUGCUGGCGUCGUUGACCAUAAUGGGUCGAUUGCACUGGAUUAGUUCGGAAAAAUUGCAACAAUUUAUACUCUCCUGUCAAGAUUCAGAAACUGGUGGAUUCUCCGAUCGCACCGGUAAUAUGCCGGAUAUUUUCCAUACACUGUUUGGUCUGGGAGCACUUUCACUGCUUGGCGACGAAAGGUUACGAAAAGUCAAUCCUACUUUCUGCAUGCCACAAUACGUUAUCGAUCGGUGCAAACUGAAUCCGAAAGUAAUUGUUCUCUAAUAUUCCAAAAAAAUGAGAGAAGCUUUUAACGCAGACACAUUAAUUUGACAUUUUUAUAACGUAGUACACUACCCCCAUGUAUUGGAAUAUAAGCAGCGUCUAAGCUUUA